ACUACAAUUAAUUUCGACGUGAGGGCGCGAAUCAGAAAGAAAAUCGUGGUUUCAUAAUGACGAAUACAGGGAAAAUAUCUCUAAAGAGGAAGUUUAUAAAAGCUGGAGUGUUUAAGGCUGAAUUAGAUGAGUUCUUAAAACGUGAACUGGCUGACGACGGCUAUAGUGGUUUCCAAGUUCGUGAAAGCCGUAAAUAUACUGAAGUUAUCAUAUUAGCCACGAAAACUCAAAGUGUUCUUGGUGAGGGCUCGCGCCGUAUCAGAGAGCUCACCUCAGUCUUGCAAAAGCGUUUCGGGUUUCCCGACGGUACCUUAGGACUAUUUGCUGAAAAAAUGACUUUUCGUGGUUUAAGUGCAAUAGCACAAGCGGAAUCACUUAGAUACAAACUGACAUACGGUUUGCCAGUGCGAAAAGCAUGUUAUGGCAUAUUACGUUUCAUCAUGGAAUCUGGAGCAAGAGGUGCUGAAGUGAUUGUUUCUGGAAAAAUCAAGGGUCAAAGAGCGAAAGCGAUGAAAUUUUGUGAUGGACUCAUGAUUCAUUCUGGAGACCCAGUAAAUAAUUAUAUCGAUAAGGCUGUUCGUCAUGUUCAGCUUCCACAAGGUAUACUAGGAAUCAAAGUGAAAAUUAUGUUGGACCACGAUAGUUCUGGCAAAAAGGGUCCACGGAAACCUUUGCCUGACACCGUCACGAUCUUGGCCGCUAAAGAAGAAGUUUUACCAACAGCACCAUAUUCUGAAAACAAGAUGUAAAUAAUUUUACAAUAAAGCUUGUGGUGGAUGCUUUUGCUGUUUUAUAAUGGCCAUUAAUUGUCUUAUUCAAUUCCGCAUCUGAAUAUGUUAUGAUUACUGUCUAUUAUUAAAAUAAUCCUUGCUCGUA